AUGAAAACGGAGGAGCCAAGUACCCCAGCCGCACCCAGCCAACCAUCAACGCCAGCACCGACGCAGCAGCCCUACGCGACGCAAUGGACAACGCGUACGUCCUUCACAUUUGGCCCGUGCUCGAAGCUCACAAAGAGCAGCGCUGCAACCACAACCAGCCACGCCGUCGCAAUACUAUCCAUAUACUUCGCAUUACCCCCAGGCUGCAUAUGCCACCCAUUAUCAAGCCUACGCCCCACAGGUGGCCACAGCAUCGGCAACAGCAACCCAAACUACUACACCAAGACCACAAGCGACGACAACGACGCAGCAGUAUCAAACAACAGCACGAUGGAUACUGCGGAUAUUGCCACUCUCAACGAUGCCCUUGGAAGUGCAGGCGUUGAUCUACGGGCAGAGGAAGAGUCCCUACAACGUACACACGACUCGCACCAGCCCUACAGGGCCUACGAAGACCGGACGCGCAAACAACCCCCAAAACCCGCCUUUGACACACGCAUUCUGGGCACUACCAUGCGCAACAUUGGCACCUCGCACAAAGUGACCCGUAUCCCGGAAGAGUCGGUCAACUACCUCGCUCUGUCUCUUCGCGCGCGCCUGCAGGACCUCAUUACCGCUAUGAUCGCCGCGGCACACCACCGCAACGAUACCCAAUUUGAUAGGCCGGCUUCGCUGUAUGAGGAUGGCUCACCCAUGUGGAGCAUUGUGGUUAGGAGCGACGUUGCGAAGCAGUUGGUGGCGCUCGAGAAGGUGGAAAGGGAGGAGGAGAUGAGGAUGCGGAAGGAGAGGAAGGAACGGGCGGAGCUGACGGCUGCUCAUGCUGCUGCCCUCGCAGCGCAGGCCAACGGAAUGGCCGGUGCGCAAGGCAUGGCAGAUACAGCUAUGGAGGAAAGCGAGGGCAACGUCAAGAAGAAGAGAAAGAAGGAAGGCCCUGGUGUGACUGCACGAAACAUGUCUGAAGACGUGCGGAAGAAGAUGUCCAAUGCCGUCGCGACACAGGCCGCUGGACUGGGCGGCAAAUAUUCCUGGAUGACAGCAGCAAACGCUGCCUCAACCCCUCCCCCAAAACCCAAGCCUGCAGCUGCGGCUGCAGCGCCGACCCCUGCUGCUGCCUCGUCUCCUGCUGCCACUGCCACCGGCACACCUGCAGGAGGUGCGAGCUCAUGGGCUCGGCCUUAUGUGUCUACCAAGAAGCCGGCAACGACAACGAGCAAGGACACACCAACGGAUGAGGAUUCGAGGACAGUUGUCACGAUGCGAGACGCGAUGUUCGUCAUCGAGAAGGAACGAGGACACGGUGGGGGACGAGGAGCUGCUCGCGGAUGGUCAUAG